AUGUCAAGUUCUGAAGCUGCUACAUCGCAGGCUGGUGUAUUUGCAGGCUUAAACCCUGCUGAAUAUAACCCAUCUGAUCCCAUCGUACUGUUCAUUAUACAGACGACAAUCAUCUUAGUCUUUUGUAGGAUUAUAGCUAUUCCAUUAGGCUACUUGAGACAGCCUCGAGUUAUAUCAGAAGUGAUUGCGGGUAUUAUUCUUGGCCCUACAGUAAUGGGAAGAAUUCCAGGGUUCAUGGAGACUAUAUUCCCUCCUCCAUCCCUGCCAUUCUUGAACUUGGUUGCAACAUUAGGCUUGGUUUUCUUUUUGUUUCAAGUGGGCCUUGAAGUUGAUAUCCAGGUCAUCCGUCAGGAUUGGCAUAAAAGCAUGGCAAUUGCUGUCGCUGGCAUGGCCUUGCCAUUUGGUCUCGGUGCGGCUGUGAGUGUUGGACUGUACAAGCUUCAAGGUGAUAAUAGCAUCAAUUUUGGAAGUUUCUUGCUCUUUUUGGGUGUAGCCAUGUCAAUUACAGCAUUUCCCGUCUUGGCCCGUAUUUUAGCUGAAUUAAAGUUACUUCGCACCAAAGUAGGCGCUAUCACAAUGGCAAGCGGAUUAAUCAAUGAUUGCACAGCCUGGGUGUUACUUGCAUUGGUGGUAGCGCUUUUGAAUUCGUCGGGCGGCAUUGAUGCACUGUAUGUGUUUUUGACUGCAGUUGGAUUCACGCUAUUUGUGAUAUUCAUUGUUGGUCCAUUGUACCGAAGGUUAUGUUCUUACACCAAUUCGUACGAGAAUGGCCCUUCACCUCUGUUAAUGACAGUGACUCUGAUGACUGUCUUGCUCUCGGCCUUCGUGACCAACAUCAUCGGUGUGCAUGCAAUCUUUGGCGGAUUCAUUGCUGGUGUGAUUGUGCCGCAUGAGCAUGGUUUAUCCAUCAAAAUCACAGAAAAAAUCGAGGAUAUGGUCAACAUCUUGUUUUUGCCAUUAUACUUCACUCUUUCUGGAUUGAAAACGCAGAUUGGUCUUUUAGAUACAGGUGUCAUUUGGGGCUAUGUGAUACUCGUCAUCUUCCUUGCUUGCUUUGAGUUGAUUGUCCUCAAUAUCGGCCAUGAUGCUGGCGUGCUCAAUGAUCAAGUGUUCGUCAUCAUGGUUGUCAUGGCACUCGUUACUACCUUUAUGACAACGCCUGUCGUUAUAUGGCUGUAUCCUGAAUGGUAUCAAAAGCAAACGGCGAAUGCAGCCGAAGACACCUAUAUGCAUGGAAAUGACAAUCGUGUAGAUUCAGAACCAGACACUCCUGUUGAUAAAGGCACCAUCAAGUUAUCGACUGUGGAGGCAGUGGGCCACGAACGAUAUCGUUUACUCACCAUGCUCAAUCGCAUCGAGUCAAUUCCAUCCAUCAUGGCGCUGAUGAAACUGUUGAAACGAGAUAAAGCAACGACCUCUGUGGAAGUGCAUGCGCUGCGACUUUUGGAGUUAACACAACGUACCUCUGCCGUUAUGAAAUUCAAGGAUUUACGAGAAACUCGGCGUCAAGAUCCUGUCUUGAACGUGCUGCGUACAUUUGCUAAUUUGAUAGGCAUUCGUUCAUUGCAAACGCAUGUUGACUUGUGCGCUACAUCAGAUAUCAUCAAAACAGUGUCUGAUUAUGGAUCUGAUGUCGAUGCUGACAUCAUCUUGUUGCCUUGGAUCAACCGUUACAUUAUCAACAAUGAAAACUAUGCAGCCGCCUUAUUAGACAGCAACUAUGCUGAGCUGGAGUUUGUCAAUGGCGCCUUCUCGAUCCAGUACUGCAACAUUGGCUUGUUCAUUGACCGUGGGUUUGGUCAGAUUCAGGAUGGUGAUCUCGAUGUGACGCCUCAGAUUAUUGUCGCCUACAAAGAUGCCACUCACGAUGAUCGAGCUGCUUUACUCUUUGCCUUUCGAUUGCAAGCGUGUUAUAAGAUAGACCUGAGAGUCGUAACACAUGGAGCAGACAGGCACAUCAAAUACGCUACGAAUGAAUCUGUGGCUCGUUACACGGAUGAUGAAAGCACAACAUUGGAUGGAUUAUUCGAUGAUUCAUACGUGCAGUCCAACAUCUCUUGUCAACAAGUCAGUAGUCUGAAUGGCACAGCCGUCAGCAAUUCUCUGACCAGGCCCUUGAAUAAGCAUGAUUUAGUUAUCGUAGGACGCAAUUGUAUCGCAAAAGAGUCUGCUCCAGCUUCGCCCACAUCAUCCGCCUCUUCUGCAGCCUCUACACCCUCUGACACAGACUCCAAAGACUAUGAAGUAGCACUUGGAAGCCUUGGAUACAGCAUACUAAAGCAUGGAACAAGAAACACGAGUGUUCUCAUAAUUCAGGCUGCAUCCUUAGAUGCUUAA